AUGUCAUCACGGAAUCGUCAGCCGAGGGCUAGUCUGAAUCAAGAUGCCGAUGAGGAGCGUCGACUCUGGAACACGAUCAAAGAAAGAUCGAAGAAGGUUGACACCAUGAUGGCAAGAUGUGCUGUUAUUGGAACCGAGAUUGUGGACGUGGAAAAGCAACAAGCCGCUUUAAUAGAAGCUGGUGAACUCUCAGACAUGCGCCUCGACGAAAGACUCGAGAGCCUCUAUCGUGAAAACGUCAAACUCAGUGAAGACAUCAGUCACAUCGUCGACGGCAAUUCUGAUGAAAUGUCCCUUCUCGACAGCAUCAAAGUUCUCGCCGGCCUCCGUGAAGCCUCUGAAGAAUCUCUCAACCUAUCACGCUCGCAUUCAAAUUCAAAAGGCAGGAAUGCGACGCUCAAGAAGAAAGCCGGCAGUAUGGAUGUGGAUGAUGAAGCAAGUGUGGUCAGUAGUCCUCGUCCUGGUGGCAGACAAGGUGGAGACAGGUUAGCCGUGGAGACGAAGAGUCGAGAGAGGAACAGAGAAAGGAGUGUCACCAGCACGAGAGAAGUGUCAGUCAAAGUCGAAGAUGGAGCAGAAAGUGUAGCUUCCACCAACGAACCACGAGGAUCACGUCUCCAGCUCAACCUCGGCGCUCAAGUCUUCUACCGCAACAAAGGCCGCACACAAGAAGGCGAAGGCAUCCUCUGUCGUGUCACAAACGUCAUUGGCGAAGGCAAACAACGCCGCUACGAAAUCCAAGACGCGGAACCCGAACCUCUCCCUGACGGCGAGUUUCCCCCACCCUACCGGGCUUCAGUCGCUCACCUCAUGCCCAUCCCAACCAAAAACGAUGGCUUGGCGGACUUGAACAAGGGGAGGAACGUACUCGCUCAAUAUCCUGACACUACUACGUUUUACAAGGCAGAAGUCAUGGAAAACUGGCGAUCCAAAGAUCUCAGCGAUACGUCCGACGGCAGUCACCUCGUCCAUCUCUCAUUCGAAGGCGAUGACGGGAAUAACACACAAGUCGAACGCCGCUUCGUCCUCGCCGAAAAGGAAAAGUAG